AUGAAGAUUAAGAUACCAACUACAUCUGAUGUCUGUGAAAAAUUAUCAAGAUGGUAUCUUAUAGUAUAUCGUAAUACUGCGAACGACAAAGAUGAAUUAGAAAUAUUAGAAGCAUUUCAGUCUGCGGAUGCAAGUAUUCCAACAUCAUCAACCGAAUUACCUGUUUGUCAUAAAGAUCAACUUACAA